AAACCUUUAGUCCACUCCGCAACUUGCUGGUGUGGAUACGGAAGGUAUACCUCUGUAGUGUUUCGGCAGUGACGACGUUCAGGGCGUUACUAUCUCAACCUCCACGAUGUUACCAAAGGACCAUUCGCUGCUUUUGCGGAUUUUAGGUCUGGCUGUCCUCUUCAACCACUGUUACGGGAGCCAUAUCAUCACGACGCCAAGGAAAUGGAGCACUGGGGAGGCCGCGCAGGUGUGCGCCUUCGUCACCGGUGCGACGUCGGGCGACGGUGAGAACAAGGUCACCAUCCAAGUGACCGCCGAGUCCGAUAGCACCGAGGUCUUGGUAUUAAGCCACAUCGUCAUUCCUCAAGGUAAAAAGGAAAUGUGUGACAGACUUUUUGUGCCAACUUUGCAUAAAAAGGGACAGCUGAUGGUCACUGGAACACUUGGUGGCCAGACAGUUGAUUAUAAGAAGCCCAUAUUAUUUGCUACUGGCAUCAGGAAGACUUUUAUACAGACUGAUAAAUACAUUUAUAAACCUGGUCAAACUGUGCAGUUCAGGAUUCUCACAGUGACAGGUCCCUUCUUAAAAAUAUUGAAAGAAAGUUAUCCUUUGAUAUGGGUAGAGACACCAUCUUCAAGCCGCAUUGCCCAGUGGACCAACGUGGAGAAUUCAGUUGGGCUUAUCCAUCAGACAUUCAAACUUGCAGAUGAACCUGAAGAGGGGACAUACAAGAUUAAGGUUCAGUCAGCAUAUGGCAGUUCAUCAACAGCUAAGGAAUUCAAGGUGGAAGAAUAUGUCCUUCCACGUUUUGAAGUCACUGUGGUGCCACCCAAAUAUAUACUGGGUACAGACACUGAAUUUACUUUCACUGUAUGUGCCAAAUACACUUUUGGACAGCCAGUCAAAGGCAAUGUGACAUUGGUAGUAGACAAUGGUGGAUGGGGAAGUAGUAAGAAAAAGCAUACUGUUAAUGACAAGAUAUCAGGCUGCAAGGAAAUUAAAGUGCUGGCUGAUGAUAUUAUGGAUAGUGAAUUUUAUGUAUACAGAUUAAGUCUAACAGCAACUGUAACUGAAGAUGGAACAGGUGAAGAAUUCAAAGGUGAAGCAGUAGCUGCUAUUCAACGCACAGCUCUGGAAUUUUCAUAUAUUGGCAAAGAAGAGUACAGUAAACCAAAUCUUCCUUUCACUGGAAAGGUAAAAACUGUGUUCCCUGAUAAAACGCCAGCUGCAAAUGAACCCAUGACUGUGUGUAUUAGUGGAGACUGCAGAAACAUUAGUACUUCAGCUGGAGGCAUUUUGGAAUUUGUUAUCCCAAAAUAUUCAAGUGACACUGUCGUGAUAAAAUCCGUCAAUUAUCCAAGGGUCAAAGAUGCAUCAUCAAUGUGGCGUUCAAUAAUGUAUGGAUCAGAAUAUCAUCAUCGCUUGAAAAAAUAUUAUUCUCCUUCAAAUUCAUCUUUGCUGAUCCGCGUUCCUGGAAAUCGUCUGUCAUGUAAAGUAUCUGGUCAUGAUCAUGAUAUACCAGUCCUUUUUGCUGCUGUGAAUCAGACGAGGGCUACAUUUACUGUUCAGGUUGUAUCACGAGGUCAGAUCCAGUACUCGAGUUCAGCGGAGUAUGAAUUGUCAUCUGCUAACUUACCAAUUAAUGAAGAGCAUCUAGUAGAACCCUUGCCACCUCCCCCAGAACAUACAGUUAGAGGAGUUGUGAAUAUUCCAAUAAAGUUACCUCACACAGCCUCACCUUCGGCUAAGGUUGUUGUGUGGUACACACGUCCAGAUGGUGAAGUUGUUUCAGACACUCAGAUCUUUGACAUAGAAAAAUGUUUGGAUAAUGAUGUGAAUCUUGUAUGGUCAGCAGCCAGAGUGCAGCCAGGAGAACGGGCAACUCUAGAUCUGUCAGCUGCUCCACAGUCUAUUUGCAGCUUAGUUGUCUUAUUUAGUUUUCCUACUUUGUUCUUAUCUCAGAACUUCUCUGGAAUAUCAUCAUGUGUUUGUUUAGUUUCAAUAUCUGUUAGUGCUUCUUCUACUGAUUUAUUUGCCAUUUAUCAAUAUGAAGUGCUGUUAUUCAGAAAAGAGUUUAUGCUCUUGUGCCAGUGCUUUUUAACACUUCCAUGGGCUGGAAUGGGCAAAACCCAUCAUACAAAGUCAAUUAAAAAAACAGGCAAUAUCAAGGUCAUUAACCUUCUCUUUUGUGAUGAGUUGCCAUCUUAUCUGAGUCUUGGAUUUAGAGGUCUUUUAGAUCAAAACCAGGAUUUUAGAGGCCUGAUAGAACCUGCUCAGUUGCUAUUUUCAGAAGUUUAUGAAUAUGACAGUGACUACUAUGUAAGCGAAUAUGAUGAUGUACCAUUAAGUAUUAGUCAUUCUUCUGAAGAUGGGUUGAUUGGUCCUUCAGUCUCCAACUCUGAGAAAGUUCAAGAUCAGAGAACUUAUUUUCCUGAGACUUGGCUUUGGAAGAUUCAUAUGCUUGACUCCUCUGGUGUGCUGAGUGAGCAGUAUACCCUCCCUGAUACUAUAACUGAGUGGGUUGGCAAAGCUGUGUGUGUAAAUUCGGAAAAGGGUCUCGGCAUAUCACCUAGGGCAGCAAUAACAACUUUCACACCUUUCUUUGUGGACCUGACCCUUCCUCCAACAAUCAAGAGAGGAGAAAUUCUACCGGUCAAGAUUUCUGUCUUCAAUUAUCUUGAACAAGCUUUACCGGUCAAAGUUGUAUUGGAAGAAAGCCAUGAGUAUGAGAUUAUUGAGGAACCUGAGAGCCAGUUGCCUCUUGGUCACAGAAUAGCCUGUAUCCCACCACAAGAUAAGGUUGUUCAUAUAGUGAAAAUUCGCUCACGAGUCUUGGGAGAUGUAAACAUCACCAUUGAUGCAUUUGUGGAUGAGCUGUAUCCUGAAGUAUGUGGACCAGAGUAUGUGGUCAGUAAAAGAGAAUCUUGGCUCCCUUGUAAAAAUGCCAUAUGGUUGUGGAGAACAGAAUAUGUUGAAUUUUGCACCAAAUAUUUUCAUUCUUCAGUAUUUGGAUGCUUCAAAUAAACAACACAGCAAUUGCAAUGAAAGGCUAUUGACUACAUGCAAAAAGGUAAAAUUCAUCACCUGUAUAUAUGUAUACGACUGUUUACUGAUUGGCCAAUUUGGCUGUAGUAUUGUACAUUAUAGUUGGAAAAGGCACUCAUAUCAGGGAAAUAAUACUGAAAUUUUACUUCAUCUUCCAGUAUUACCAGAGGCUUUCCUAGGACUGACAAUGAAGAGACCCCCCCCUCCCCCCAUUUCUGGGGUACAGUACAAUAAUACAAAAUAUUCAGUCGGAAAGAUCUUAGGGUUUAACGAGAGCUGCUCUAUCUGCCGCCAUGAUGAUGGAUCUUUCAGUGCCUUUGGAAAUUCUGAUGCAUCAGGCUCAACGUGGCUUACUGCAUUUGUCCUCAAGUCCUUUGCACAGGCACGCCAAUAUGUUCAGAUUGAUGAAGAUGACUUGGAGAUGAGCCGUGGUUGGUUGAAAUUACACCAGAUGGAGAAUGGAUGCUUCCAAUCUGUAGGGAAAGUCUUCCACAAAGGCAUGAAGGGUGGUAUUGAUGGAAGUGGUUCUCCAGUGCCAUUGACUGCAUAUGUGCUGAUUUCCCUCCUUGAAGCGGGAGAGGUCACAAGCAGUCGUGCAGUCAUGGAAGCAGCCUUUUGCUUAGAUGCUGAUACAUCUAAGGAUCCCUAUACGUUAGCUUUGAAAGCUUAUUCACUUUCUCUCUCUGAUUCCCCAAAAGCAGAACAAGCAGUUCAGAACCUUAUUAAUGUAGCAGAAGAGACCACCAACUCAAUGCAUUGGGAGCUUCCAGCUGGUUCAGGAAAGAGUCAAGCUGUUGCUGUGGAGACAGCUGGUUAUGCAGUUCUUGCAAUGAUGACUGUAGAUGCUGCAAAGUUUGAGCUUCAAGCCAGAAAAAUAGUGAAAUGGAUAUCUUCACAGAGAAAUGGUCAAGGAGGAUUCAUAUCAACUCAGGAUACUGUUGUAGCUCUCCAAGCUCUGGCAAGUUUUGAGGCUCACCAAAAGAAAGAGGCUGUCAACUUGGUCAUCACUGUGGAAGGGGAGGCACUUGAGCAUGCAUUCUUUGUGGACGAAUCCAAUAAACUGCUUCAACAGCAAGUGAAUCUGCCGUCGCUACCUUCCAAUGUCAUUCUUGACAUGGAGGGAGAAGGUUGUGCCCUUGUUCAGACUGUUCUGAGAUAUAAUGUGCCAGAUGCUACAGCAAGUGAUGCCUUUUCCUUGUCAAUCACCACUGAAACAAGCCCAGAUAAGAAAUGCAUAACAAAGAAGAUUAAAGCUUGUGCUUCAUACUUAUUACCAGAUCAGAAAUCCAACAUGGCUGUUAUGGAAUUUAACUUAAUUUCUGGAUACAUACCACAUAAAGCGGAUCUUAAACAAAUUGUUGGUUAUGGAACUAGCCUGAUCAAACGCUAUGAAGUUGAUGGCAGCAAAGUAAUGUUCUACAUUGAUGAAUUUUCGCCUGAAGACCUUUGUGUUGAAUUCCGAAUAAUUCGGGAAAUUGAUGUUGAAGACGCCAAGCCUGGAACUAUUAAGGUGUAUGACUAUUAUCAGCCUGAGUUCUCCAUUAGUAAGAGUUAUGUUCUACCACCACCAGAUGAAUGCAAAAUCACUUUGGUUCCCAUUGAAGCCAUUGCCAUUGAAGGAGAUAUCAUUGUAGAGCCAGAAGAUGGACCAACCACGCCUUCAUCAGCUGUUGGAGAUUUAGUUGCAUUAUUAGAUGAAAUGCCUUAAAAAUGAUAGAAAGCCGAAUGAGUAUUGUGUUUGAACAUGAGAGGAUGUCUAAUAUUAGCAUGCUUAUUAUAGUUUAUAUAAGUUUAU